AUGAGGCCGACCUCUAAGCUUCCCCACGCUUUUUACCCUCACAUCAUUGAGACGAUCGUCUUCCACACCGACUACAAGACCAAGCUUCGCUGUCGGGCCACAUGCAGAGCGCUACGGCAGUUCACCGACAGACUACUCAUUGCUGAUGCUGUAUGCGUCACCAUGGGAGACUUUAAGCCUGCAGUCAAGCCAUUUUCUGGUCAGACCUACCCUUUCUUCGCCUUCGAAGGUGAUCGCCCAGCUCAGAUUAGGAGGAUCAGAGCUUACUCGGGAAACUUAUCGGUGGAAGACGUCAAUGCGAGCUGUAUCAACCCCAUAAUCAGCCAAAUCGAGCCGCUUGGGGCAGUUAGCCUUUACCAUCAAUCAUGCUUCGCCAACUACCAGCUUCCCAAAUUCCAGACCCCGUCCUCCCUGGGCAUCUAUCCUCCAUGGCAUUGCACGUGCGACGAAACGCACAAUCUGCAACCUGCGUUCCACCACGCAGCGGACACAGUGCACAUUGAAUACUCCGACCCACAAGCUCGUUAUUGCGAGGUAACAAAUGAUAUAGUGUACGAGAAGGGUCGGCAAGAUAUCGUUAUUGGGGAAGAAACGGUCACCAACUGCCAUCUCCUUAAACACGCGCUCAACGAUCAGGUGACUCGAUUGGACAUUAUCAUCCCCUUCCCGCUCUCGGAAUCCUCAUUCAAGCACUUGGCAAGGUAUCUAUUCCCGAAUGGUGCUUCCAUCACCACAAACGCGGAGCUUCAGGUGUGGAUUGAUCUCAGUGUCACAGGAAUGACUGGGAAUAGAACCGCGAAUGUCUUCAUUGCAUUGUUCUUCAUGACGCUUCUGCUGCUGAUUCCUCUGCAACUCCUCGUCUACUCCCUCAUCCCAGUCCCCCAGCCGUACACUUCGAAAGUCCACUACGACUCCUUCCCUCACAUCGUCGAGUACAUCGUCGCCCAGGCCGACUACCAGACCAAGCUUCAGUGCCGAGCUACAUGUCGAGCGUUGCGGAAAUACACCGAUACCCUUCUGCUGCCAAGAGCGGUGACCGUUGACAAUGUGCUAGCUGGUAGCCGCAGCACCGGUCUUCUCUUCGGAACCCUGGCCUCUCCCUUUGAUGGGACAGAAUACCCCUUCUUCAAGCAGGAAGGAGAUCUGCCCGCGCAACGGUGUAAACUCAGAUCUUUCCAAGCUCAACUCAUCAUCCGCAAUGUUGAGGCGAGGACCCUCACUCCCCUCCUCGGUCGGUUGCAGCGCGUCCUCAUUGAUCAACACUUCCGAGGUCCCAACUACCAGCUGCUGGAGUUCGACGCACCCUCUUUCCUUGCCAUGGAGGUCGACAGAAAAUGCUCCUGCGGCAAACGCGAUCUGGCCCCGCCUUUCCACCACGAUGCCCUCAACGUCAAUGUUUCGCUCAAAGGAAACGAUGGGAGUCUUUCACAAGACGGCGAUUCCCCAGCGGAAACUGAGAUACUGCCUGGGUCCGCAUCUCAAUGCCAUCUCCUGCAGCACGUGUUGCACGGCCAUAUCCGUCAACUCCAAUUGUUCAUCCAUCUCUUCAUAACGGAGGAGUCGAUCGAGUAUCUGCCGGCGUACAUGUUCCCGUGGGCGGACCAGGUGAAUAUGAACCCCGCUCUCGUCUGCUACAUCAAGAUUCCGACGUGGAGUCCGAAUCCUCUCCAGUUUCUGCAGAGAGUCCGAGCCGCAUUCGCAAAGCAUCUCCGGGUCAACAGUAACAGGAUAUUUGUAGAACAAAGCCAGAGCUAG